CACUGCUGAGCUACCACAGCGCCCGUUGUCUGUUCGAGUCUCUUCCGUCUCCAUCGGCCGCGGAUCUCAAGCGAAGCGACCCGGGGUGGCGGCUCGCUCGAUCCCGCCGCGGGCAACAGGUCGAGUCGCUCCCACAUUCCUUGCUGCGACGACGACGACGUUUUUUUUUUUGAGUAGGAGGACUACGGAAGUUACCUGCCAGAUCACAGGAACUCACUGCAGGCCCGAAAGGACCAGGAAUUACCACCGAGGAGAGUUAGGGGCUUCCCACCCCCCUAACCCCAUUUCCCCCAUUAUUGUUAUUAUUAUUAUUUUAUACCCGCUGCUUAUAUCUUAUAUCGGCUGCUAAUCAUGCCAGGAGGACACAGGAGGCAGCCCAGCAUAGAGCUACUGGAGUUAAUGGGAGUUGUUAAAGAGAAUGGCAAUGAACAGAUGUCACUCCCUCCUUUGCUACAGUACAACCCCCUCUCGUACGACUAUGUCCUGGUUGCGAAAACGAGAGAGCAUACGGACCGAGAGGCUAUCAAGAAGCAAAUUGAAUUCAUUGAGGAGCUGAAAAAGAAGAAUUUUAAAGUCACAAAAAUUCCAGACGAUGACCUGGUCUUCUUUGGCAUCCAAGCUCCUAUAGAGGUUUUCGAAAAGUACAGAUAUCUCCUUAAAGUUUCCGAUGCCUGUAACUGGAGCUCGGACCAGAACAACGUGCCUCUCAGCACCAGGAUUAGGGUAGUCCACUUCAUCUUGAACCACACACCGAUCAGUUCUGGAGAGGGCCUGCGAGAGCUCAUGAAGAUGAAGGUUUUUGAGGCGAGGUUCUGCCUGCAUGAGAAAAAGAAACAGCGAGAGCUGACAGAUAGCUGGGCUCGAUGGACUGCUUGUUUCCAAGGGCAACCCAUUACUGCCGUCAGGAAUUACUUUGGGGAGAAGGUGGCCUUGUACUACCUGUGGCUGGGCUGGUACACAUACAUGCUCAUCCCUCCAGCUCUCAUUGGGGUCAUCGUCUUCCUCUAUGGCCUCGCCUUCUUCAACACGUCACCCCUCAUAAAGGAAGUCUGCGAUGUGGAUUUGGUCAUGUGCCCUCUUUGUGACAAGAGAUGCAAAGUGUGGCUGCUGUCAGACACGUGCACCUACGCCAAGGUGAGUUUGCUCUUUGACAACAAUGGCACAGUGGUGUUUGCCAUGGUAAUGGCAGUAUGGGCCACGCUGUUUUUGGAGUUCUGGAAAAGGCAUCGAACUUCUUAUGUGUGUGAAUGGAAGGUAUCGGAUUGGUGUGAGGAAGAGGAGGAACUCAUCUUAGAGAUUGUCAACGAUGUAAACUGCGAACCCAAAAAAUUCAAGCACUCCUAUUUACGCAGCACUCUUGUUUUCGUCUGUGUCACAAUUAUGAUUUUGGUCAUCAUUGGUCUGACGCACGCACUGGUGGUGUUCAGGGUGAUCGCAGCGGUGUUAUUGGCCGACGGAUCGUGGGAGUUCAUGAGUACGCAUUCCAACAGCGUAGCCAUGAUGCUUGGAGCCGUUUUCCAUUACCUGAUCAUCACCGUCAUGACCAGGGUCAACAGAAUCGUGGCCAUGAAACUCUGCGAAAUAGAGAAAACCAGAUCAUUUGCUGCCACCGAGAGGAGUUUCACCGUCAAGAUGUUCACCUUUCAGUUCUUCACCUAUUUCUCCUCGCUCUUCUACGUAGCAUUUUUCCUCGGCAGGAUAAAUGGUCGCCCGGGUCAUUAUGUGCGUAUAGCGAGCAAAUGGAGGUUGGAAGAGUGUCAUCCCAGUGGAUGUCUGACAGACCUCUUCAUCCAAAUGGCCAUCAUCAUGGUCCUGAAGCAAACCAUCAGUAACGUCUUUGAGUUCACUGGCCCGUGGUUCGGCAAGUGGUUGAAGAGGAGAAGAACUCACAAGCUUCAGAGAAAAUGCGCCCACUGCUACCUAAAAGAAGACUCUCAGGCUAAACAUGGAGCGGAGCUGUGCGAUAACUGCAAGCUGCGCGACUGGCUGAACAACUACCGCCUCAAUGACGUGGACUCCUUCAGCCUCUUCAAGGAGUUCCUGGAGAUGGUGAUCCAGUUCAGCUUCACCACCAUAUUUGUGGCAGCGUUUCCUCUCGCACCGUUGCUGGCCCUCAUCAAUAACAUUAUUGAGAUUCGCCUGGACGCCAUUAAGAUGGUCACCCUGGAGCGCAGAAUGGUUCCCAAGAAGACCAAUGAUAUUGGUGUGUGGAUAAAUUUGUUGGAGGCUAUUGGGGUCUUAGCUGUGAUUGCAAAUGGCCUCGUCAUCGGCGUGUCUUCGGACUUCAUCCCCCGCCUGGUGUACCAGUACCGCUACGGGCCUUGCGUCAACAGCACUGCGACAGACAUCGACUGCAUGGUUGGCUACAUAAAUAAUACUCUAUCCAGCGCCACCAUGGAUAACGUGGAAAUUCGGAGAGAGUUUUCCCCAGAUCAGAUGGUAACUCCCAAUGGAAUGAAUGUCACGUCCUGCAGCUAUAAAGACUACAGGGACAGUGAGGACUAUGACCUUACUCCACAAUUCUGGCUCAUUUUAGCUGUGCGCUUUGCAUUUGUCAUCUUGUUUGAGCACAUCGUGGUCAUAUGCAAAUUCAUUGCAGCCUGGUUCGUACCAGCUGCGCCCAUGCAGGUCAAGAAUAACUCUCUCUUUGAUAAACUCAAAAGACUAAAAGAAGAGCUCAGGUCAUUUGAAGAGAGCCAGCGCUGAGGUUCUGCUGGAGCAAAUGGAAUGUGAACUCAGUGUGGCCUCGUGCAUUCAAAGUGUCCCAACGAUCACAGUUGAGUCGAGUGAACUCCCGAGCCAUUAAAUCACGUCGGAGUGUUGAGAUGGAGAGCUCUGACUCUCUAUCUUUUAGAAUGGCUGUGUGGAUUCCCAGCAUAUGAAAUGAACAGAUGGAUUCUUGGACUAAACAAGUGUGCAAUCAGUCAUUUUGCUGUCGUCUUCAAUGUGAUUUUUGGUAUUCUAUUGUAAGAAUGCACUGAAUGCUUUCUUGUUUUUAUUUUUAUUUUUUCAAAUUUAUUUGCAACUUUCGUCGGUGUUUCUCGCCUUACGAUAAUUUAUACUGCUGGUCCGCACUGUGUACUGAUUGUAUAACGAUGUUGUCUUAUGUUGUGGAAGGCGUUGUGCUAAUCACCGUUAUUGACGAGAGACUGACAGAGGGCACGGAAAAUGUUGUGCAUCGUAAUCUUUUAUAAGAAUAAAAGAAUCUCACAUCCUCACAGAAAUAUUAUAAUAUUUGUCUUUAGUUUGACAGAUGAGUGUUAUAAAGCAAAUGCCAAAUUAGACAUUUUUAAGAACAAACAAAUGCAUGUAAAUUUAUGUACUUCUGCCAGAUUUUUUUUUUUUUUUACAUAAAGAUUUACAAUUGUUUUUCAGUGUUGUUUGGAUUGAUUUUUCCGGUGGUCAUGGUGAACACUCCAUUGCAGUAAUCAGCAUCCGCUAU